AUGAACAAGCCAACCUCUAGAACGACCAAUUUCGCUCAAGGGAAGGUCGUUGUCCUCAACGGCUUCCCUGGGACUGGGAAGUUUACCAUACUCCGAUACCUGCAGGACCACAGUUGGCGGGGCAAGACAUGGAGUCGACUCAUUGACAAUCAUCUCCUAAUCGAUCCGGUUCAGGCGGUGUACCCUGAUCGUGGUCAAGCCCAUUAUCAACUACGGCGCCAGAUGCGAGAUAUCAUCUUCUCUUCUCUCCGAGAAGUUGUUGGAGAAGGACAUCUGAUCUUGAUGACUGCUUGUCUGGCGGAAAAUGAAGCCGAUAGGCAGGUUCUGAAAGAGCAUCUCAACCUCGUCCGCGACACGGACAUCCCCUUAUACUGGAUCAAUGUCCACUGUGACCUUGGUGUUUUGGAACAGCGAGCUACGAGCAUAGAGCGGGUUCAGGGCACGAAACCGAAGUUGACUAAUUUGCAGACAUUACGCAAGUUGGUCGAUGAAAAUCAGCUCCUUCGUCCUUCAAUAACGGACAAUAUCAACCUAGUCACAAAGUCUCUGGAUGUCAGUGGGAGUAUAGAGGAAGCUGUGAAUGGUGUUGAAAUGAUUAUUACCGACUCAGAACCCGUAACUCAAUAUCAAAGUUCAUAA